CUUCUGACGCUCAACGUGGUAGUUGACAGCGUCGUCGACGUGACCGAAGUGGCGGUCGUGGUGCCACUUGAGGUUGCGCUGGUAGAGCUGGUGCCCGUCUGCGUUCUGCUCGUUGAGCUGACUGUUGCACUUGUGGAGGAGGUUGCGGAUGAGCUUUGCGUAGACGAUGACGUUGCCGUGGCCGAACUUGUGGUUGAAGUUGUGGUGCGCGUUGACGUCACUGUUGUGCCGGAUGUGCUUGUGGACGACGCUGCCUUGGGCUGGGAAUCUUAUCAUCCAUGGACGCUGGCCUUAAACGAGCAUGAAGGCUUGCUGCGGAAACGCGUGCCUGUUGUGCUGGAUAGUGUUGAGGAUGAAGAUGCUGUCGAAGAGGACGUCCAUGUUUCAGUGGAUGUGAGCGUGGCCGAUGAUGAGGUGGAAAUCGUGGACGAUGACGUCAGAGACGCGGUCGUGGUGGAGCUGAUUGAAAUGGAGGUUGAUAUUGAGGUCGAGGACGUGGACCCAGUGGUUGUGGAGGAGCUUGUGGAGACACUUGAAGUACUUGAAGCGCUUGCGGAGGUACUUGUCGAGGCUGUGGAGGUGGUUGUUGAGGUAGCUGUCGAGCUAUCUGUGAAGGUCGUUGUGGAGCUUUCUGUAGAGGUAGCUGUCGAGCUAUCUGUGAAGGUCGUUGUGGAGCUUUCUGUAGAGGUAGCUGUCGAGCUGUCUGUGGAGGUAGCUGUCGAGGUAUCUGUGGAGGUAACUUCGAACGUAGUGGACGAGGUUCCAGCACUGCAGUCAGGUAGCAAUACGGAGUAUUUGAUGUUAUUGAAGCAGACCUCUGCCUUCGACCGCCUUCACAUCUAG